CCGGGGGGAGGGGAGACAAGAUGGCGGCGACGGAGGAGCUGAGGCUGAGGUGAGAGACUCCGCGAGUCCCGACCCUAGUUAGAGUCGGCCGUCUGCUCCGUUCCAGCGCCGCGCUGCCGGCGGUUUCCUAGAAACAUGGUUUCUUGCUCGUGUUGAUCUCACAGUUUGUGAAGACUCCUUCUCUGAUAAUGUCAAGUUCGGGCUACCCUCCUAACCAAGGAGCGUUCAGCACAGAACAGAAUCGUUAUCCUACUCACUCUGUCCAGUACACCUUCUCUAACCCUCGACAUCAGCAGGAGUUUGCAGUUCCUGAUUAUCGUUCUUCUCAUCUGGAAGUCAGUCAAGCAACUCAGCUCUUGCAGCAGCAGCAGCAGCAGCAGCAACUUCGUCGACGGCCUUCCUUGCUUUCUGAAUUUCACCCAGGCUCUGACAGGCCUCAGGAAAGGAGAACUGGCUAUGAGCAACAAUUUCACCCAGGUCCAUCACAGACUGAUCAUGAUUCGUUGGAAUCUAAGCGACCCCGUCUUGAACAAGUUUCAGAUUCCCAUUUUCAGCGUGUUAGUGCUGCUGCUGUCCUGCCUUUAGUACAUCCUCUACAGGAGGGAUUGCGAUCUGCAGAUAUUAAGAAGGAACCAGCUUUUGGAGGCAAGCAUGAAGGGCCAUCUUCUCCAGUCUCUGGUCAGCCCUGUGGAGAGGACCAGAAUGCAUCACCUUCAAAACUGUCAAAAGAAGAGUUGAUACAGAGCAUGGAUCGUGUAGAUCGAGAAAUUGCAAAAGUGGAACAGCAGAUUCUUAAAUUGAAGAAAAAGCAACAACAACUCGAAGAAGAAGCUGCUAAACCUCCAGAGCCAGAGAGGCCUGUCUCCCCUCCUCCAGUGGAACAGAAACACCGCAGUAUUGUCCAAAUUAUUUAUGAUGAAAAUCGGAAAAAAGCAGAAGAAGCUCAUAAAAUUUUUGAAGGGCUUGGUCCAAAAGUUGAACUGCCACUUUACAACCAACCAUCAGACACAAAGGUGUACCAUGAAAACAUCAAAACAAACCAAGUGAUGAGGAAAAAGCUGAUUUUGUUUUUUAAGAGAAGAAAUCAUGCAAGGAAACAAAGGGAACAGAAAAUCUGUCAACGUUAUGAUCAACUGAUGGAGGCAUGGGAGAAGAAAGUAGAUAGGAUAGAAAAUAAUCCCCGCAGGAAAGCUAAAGAAAGUAAAACAAGAGAGUACUAUGAGAAACAGUUCCCAGAAAUCCGAAAGCAAAGAGAACAGCAAGAACGAUUUCAAAGGGUUGGCCAAAGAGGGGCUGGCCUUUCAGCAACUAUUGCUAGAAGUGAACAUGAGAUUUCUGAAAUCAUUGAUGGACUCUCUGAGCAGGAGAACAACGAAAAACAAAUGCGUCAGCUCUCUGUCAUUCCUCCCAUGAUGUUUGAUGCAGAACAAAGACGAGUGAAGUUUAUUAAUAUGAAUGGUCUGAUGGAGGACCCCAUGAAGGUGUAUAAAGACAGACAGUUCAUGAAUGUCUGGACAGACCACGAGAAGGAGAUAUUUAAGGAAAAGUUUGUCCAACAUCCCAAGAACUUUGGUCUAAUUGCCUCCUACCUGGAAAGAAAGAAUGUUCCAGACUGUGUUUUGUAUUAUUAUUUGACCAAGAAAAAUGAGAAUUAUAAAGCCCUUGUACGAAGAAAUUAUGGCAAACGUAGAGGAAGAAACCAGCAAAUUGCACGUCCUUCACAAGAAGAAAAGGUAGAAGAAAAAGUAGAAGAGGAGAAAGCAGAAAAAACAGAGAAAAAAGAGGAAGAAAAGAAAGAUGAAGAGGAAAAGGAUGAGAAGGAGGAAUCUAAAGAAAACACCAAAGAGAAGGAUAAAACAGAAAUUGCAGCAGAGGAAACGGAGCAGGCUACUCCCAGGGGACGAAAAACUGCCAACAGUCAAGGUCGUCGUAAGGGCAGGAUCACCAGAUCUAUGACAAAUGAAGCUGCAGCAGCAAAUGCUGCUGCUGCUGCUACCGAAGAGCCACCACCGCCUCUUCCUCCACCUCCAGAGCCCUCUUCUGCAGAGCCUGUGGAGACCUCCCGCUGGACAGAAGAAGAAAUGGAAAUUGCUAAAAAAGGGUUAGUGGAACAUGGUCGCAACUGGGCAGCAAUAGCCAAAAUGGUUGGAACUAAAAGUGAAGCUCAGUGUAAAAACUUCUACUUCAACUAUAAAAGGAGACAUAAUCUGGACAACCUCCUUCAACAACACAAACAGAAAUCUUCACGAAGGCCUCGUGAGGAGCGGGAUGUAUCACAGUGUGAAAGUGUGGCGUCAACAGUCUCUGCUCAGGAGGAUGAAGAUAUUGAAGCAUCCAAUGAAGAGGAGAAUCCAGAAGACAGUGAGGGUGCUGAAAAUAGUUCAGAUACAGAGAGUGCUCCAUCUCCUUCACCAGUGGAAGCUUCCAAACCCAGUGAAGACUCUAUGUCUGAAAGCUCUGCUUCUAGGAUAACCACUGAGACAACAGCAGAACAGGAAUCUGCCAUUAAAACUGUACCUAGCACAUCCCCCUCCUCGGCAGCCCCAAGUACACAAACAGCUGAAAAUCAGAAUAUUAAGCUCCAAGUUAAGGAAGAAAUAAGUAAUGAGGCAGAGGAGCCAAUGGAGAUGGACAGUAGAAGCCACCCAGCUGAAGCUAAGCCUGUGCUCAGCCUUCCAGUGCAUACCAAAGCAGAACCUGUAGAUGCUGAAAUGAGGUUACCAGAGAAUAUUCAAGUGAAAAUAGAGAGUGAUACCAAAGAGAGGGAUUUGGAGAAACCCAAGGAAAAGUCAGAACCUGAAGAAAUGGACUUUAGCCUGUCACAGCAGAGUAAUACAGCAAGACCAGAGCCCAAUUCAGACAAUGAUUCUAGUGCUACUUGUAGUGCUGAUGAAGAUGUUGAUGGGGAACCUGAAAGACAAAGAAUCUUCACUAUGGAUUCAAAGCCUUCACUGUUAAACCCUACUGGAUCUAUACUAGUAUCCUCCACAAUAAAACAAGGGCAGAUGGACUUGCAACAACUUCACCAUCGAGCUGCUGUAAUACCACCUAUGGUCUCUUGUAGCCCAUGUAAUGUAUCUAUUGGAACACCCAUUAGUGGUUAUGCUCUCUAUCAGCGGCACAUUAAAGCUAUGCAUGAGUCAGCUUUGCUGGAGGAACAGCGCCAGAGGCAGGAGCAUCUAGAUAUGGAGUACAGAAGUUCUGCAAGCCCAUGUGGCACCUCCAAGAGCCCUAAUGUUGAGUGGGAAGUUCUCCAGCCUGCUCCUCAUCAAGUAAUAGCAAAUAUACCUGAAGGAGUCCGGCUCCCAACAACCCGGCCGACCAGACCACCACCUCCACUCAUUCCAUCCUCCAAAACUACUAUGCCAUCAGAAAAACCAUCAUUCAUUAUGGGAGGCUCAAUCUCACAAGGAACACCUGGCACUUACUUGACAUCCCAUACUCAAGCUUCUUAUAGUCAAGAACCCGCGAAGCCAUCCGUGGGAUCCAUAUCUCUUGGCCUGCCGAGGCAACAGGAGUCUGCCAAACCUGCUUCCAUACCCUAUAUCAAGCAAGAAGAGUUCUCUCCCAGAAGCCAGAAUUCCCAGCCUGAGGGCCUCUUGGUCAGAGCACAGCAUGAAGGUGUGGUUCGAGGUACCACAACAACCAUACAAGAAGGAAGUAUAACACGAGGAACUCCAGCCAACAAAGUUCCUGUUGAAACCAUUCCUUCUCUGCGAGGCUCCAUUACUCAGGGUACCCCAGCUUUGUCCCAGUCUGGCAUUGCUGCUGAUGCAUUGCUGAAAGGAACCAUCACCCGACUGGCUACCGAAGACAGCAGCCCUGAGAAGUGCCGAGAGGAAGCUGCAGCCAAAGGCCAUGUUAUUUAUGAAGGCAAGAGUGGGCAUAUCUUAUCAUAUGAUACUAUUAAGAACGUCCGAGAAGGAACCAGGAGUCCAAGGGCUGCUCAUGAAAUCAGUUUAAAGAGAAGUUAUGAUACGAUGGAAGGAAAUAUAAAACAAGGAAUGUCAAUGAGGGAGUCUCCAGUGUCUGCACCAUUAGAGGGGUUAAUAUGCCGUACACUGCCAAGGGGCAGCCCUCAUGCAGAACUGAAGGAGAGGACUGUGCUGUCUGGCUCUAUAAUGCAAGGUACACCAAGAGCAACAACUGAGAGUUUUGAAGAAGGCCUGAAGUAUCCUAAACAGAUUAAGAGAGAGUCUCCUCCCAUACGGACAUUUGAAGGAGCCAUAACCAAGGGAAAGCCGUAUGAUGGAGUCACUACCAUUAAAGAAAUGGGCCGUUCUAUCCACGAAAUCCCAAGACAGGACCUUUUAAGCCAAGAAAGUCGCAAGACUCCUGAAAUAGUACAAAGUGCAAGGCCAAUUAUGGAAGGCUCCAUUUCUCAGGGUACACCCAUAAAAUAUGAAAGCAACUCCGGCCAGUCUGCCAUCAAACACAAUGUAAAAUCUUUAAUCACUGGACCAAGUAAACUGCCCCGUGGAAUGUCUCAGCUGGAAAUGGUACCGGAAAACGUGAAGGCAGUAGAACGAGCAAAAUAUGAAGAUGUGAAGACUGUGGAGGCUGUACGUUCCCGUCAUACAUCGGUGGUCAGCUCUGGCACCUCUGUCCUCAGGUCAACUCUUCAUGAAACUCCAAAAUCACAAUUGAGCCCUGGGAUUUAUGAUGACACCAAUGCAAGGAGGACACCUGUGAACUAUCAAAGCCCUAUGUCCAGGAGCUCACCUAUGAUGAACAGAGUUACUGAAGCUGGAAUAUCUUCUGGGAAGCCUGCUAAUCAUGAAAGGAAAACCACACUUACCCCAACGCAGAGAGAGAGCGUACCAGCGAAAUCUCCAGUCCCAGGGGUUGAUCCUGUAGUAACUCACAGUCCGUUUGACUCCCAUCAUAGAGGCUCUACUCCAGAAGUCUACAGGAGCCAUCUCCCUCCUCAUUUAGAUUCAGCCAUGCAAUUUCACAGGGCUCUGGAUCCUGCUGCUGCUGCAUACCUGUUCCAAAGGCAGCUUUCACCUACCCCGGGUUACCCAAGUCAGUAUCAACUUUAUGCAAUGGAGAACACACGGCAGACAAUCCUAAAUGACUAUAUUACCUCCCAGCAGAUGCAGGUUAAUUUACGUCCUGAUGUAACCAGAGGACUGUCUCCUAGAGAGCAAACUUUAGCUCUCCCAUAUGCAGGAGCCAGAGGAAUUAUUGACCUGAACAAUAUGGCUCCCACUAUCUUAGUCCCUCAUCCAGGAGGAACAAGUACCCCUCCAAUGGAGAGAAUCACUUAUAUCCCUGGCACCCAGCUCACGUUCCCUCCGAGGCCUUACAACCCUGCAUCUAUGUCACCAGGACACCCUUCGCAUCUGGCUUCUGCAGCUGCCAAUGCUGAGAGGGAGCGGGAGAGGGAACGGGAGAAGGAGCGGGAGAGGGAACGUGAAAGGGAGCGGGAGAGAGAAAGAGAGAGGGAAAGAAUCACUGCAGUUCCCGCUGAGCACUACCUUCGGCCUGGUACAGAGCAGCCUGGUAGACCUGGCAGUCAUGGAUACGUUCGCUCACCUUCUCCUUCUGUUAGAACCCAAGAGAACAUGCUGCAACAAAGGCCCAGUAUUUUCCAAGGAACCAACGGGACAAGUGUAAUUACACCUCUGGAUCCUGCUGCUCAGCUACGCAUCAUGCAGCUCACGCCUGGAGCCCCCUCCAUAACUCCAGGAUUACCUGCUUCCCGUUACAACACUGCUGCUGAUGCCCUCGCUGCAUUGGUGGAUGCUGCAGCCUCUGCUCCUCAGAUGGAAGUUGUCAAAGCAAAAGAACACAAGCAUGAAGGAACCAGAAUAGAAGAGAACAUGGGGCGCAGGUCAACAGUGGUUAGUGAACAGCAGCAACAGAUGGAGCAGAAAACACCGGAAACAGAAAAGAGGUCUGUUCAGUGCCCAUACACAUCGGCAGCUUUUUCCAGUGGCAAGUCCCAGGGUCCAUCUUCAUCAGUAGUUUAUUCAGAGGCUGGUAAAGACAAAGGUCCUCCUCCUAAAUCCCGGUACGAGGAAGAGUUAAGGACUCGUGGGAAGACCACCAUUACUGCUGCUAACUUCAUAGAUGUGAUCAUCACUCGGCAGAUUGCUUCGGACAAGGAUGCACGGGAUCGGGGCUCACAAAGUUCAGAUUCUUCUAGCAGUUUAUCUUCCCACCGAUAUGAAGCACCUGGAGAUGCCAUUGAGGUCAUUAGCCCUGCAAAUUCACCUGUACCUCCCCAAGAAAAACUACAGUCCUAUCAACUAGAGGCACCCAAACCAAGCCAGGCAGAAAGUAAGUUUCUUUUAGAUAAAAAAAAUUAUGUUCAACAAAUUAUUACACAAGACUUUGCUAGAAACCAAGUGGCCUCACAAGUAUCCCUGCAGCCUCCGACUAGUACAUUCCAGAACUCUGCUCCUGCUGCAGCUACUACCCCUACUCGGGCAAAGGCUUCAAACCGCUACAGCCCCGAGUCACAGUCACAGUCUGUUCACCAUCAACGGCCAAGUGCCAGAGUGUCUCCUGAAAAUCUCUCUGACAAAUCCAGAGCAAGACCUGGGAAGUCCCCAGAGAGAAGUCAUGUCUCUUCAGAACCCUAUGAGCCAAUCUCACCGCCGCAGGUCCCAGUUGUACAUGAGAAACAAGACAAUAUUAUAUUGCUUUCCCAAAGAAAUGAGCCUGCUGAACAGAGGACUGACUCUCGCUCUCCAGGGAGUAUAAGUUACCUCCCUUCAUUUUUCACCAAGCUUGAAAACACCUCUCCAAUGGUGAAGUCCAAGAAACAGGAGAUAUUUCGUAAGUUGAACUCCUCUGGUGGAGGUGACUCUGACAUGGCAACUGCUCAGCCAGGAACUGAAAUAUUUAAUUUGCCAGCAGUCACUACCUCAGGUGCAGUCAGUUCUAGGGGUCAUUCCUUUGCAGAUCCUGCCAGUAAUCUGGGUCUGGAAGACAUUAUUAGGAAGGCAUUGAUGGGCAGCUUUGAUGACAAAGGGGAGGAUCAUGGAGUUGUAAUGUCUCAGACUAUGGGGAUAGCACCUGGUAGUUCCAACCCUGCAGUCUCAGCUAAUAGCGAGGCCCGUAGAGAGGAAGCUAAUCCAUCACCCAAUUCAGGAGGGGGAGUUGGCAAGCAGAAGUUAAUUGGCAAGUCUAAUAGUAGGAAGUCUAAAUCUCCUAUUCCUGGGCAGGGAUACUUAGGAACUGAGAGACCUUCCUCUGUCUCAUCUGUACAUUCAGAAGGAGAUUACCACAGGCAGACUCCAGUGUGGGCCUGGGAAGACAGGCCUUCUUCAACAGGAUCAACUCAGUUUCCUUACAACCCCUUGACAAUGCGGAUGCUCAGCAGUACACCACCAACGUCCAUUGCAUGUGCCCCGCCAUCCAUGAGCCAAGCAGCCACUCACCAACAGAACAGGAUCUGGGAGCGAGAGCCUGCACCACUGCUUUCAGCACAAUAUGAGACUCUGUCUGACAGUGAUGACUGAACUAUGCAGAGUUUUUUUUUAAUUUGUGGGUCGAAAAAACUCUUAUUUUUGACUUAUGCCCAAAGGGACUUCCCAAGAGAGCAAGGGCCACGCACGAAGAGAUGAUGGGGAGCUAUUUGGAGAGUAAAUCGAAAAGAUUCCAUCUGCACAGACCACGUGUAGGAGGAUCGUGAUCGAGGAGGGUUGAUGUACUAAAAAUAAAUAUGUAAAGACUUUUUAAAAAGUGGACUAUUCCUGUUCUGCAUCUAUUUGUAAAGAAAACCAUAAUGUCUUUAAAUCAUUCUUCUGUAAAUAGAGAGUACUUUUUGCAGUGUUUUUUUUCCCUUGCUAUAGUCUCUGGUGUACUUACAUUCAGUCAUUGCAUAAGCCUUAGGGGUCAUUUUGUAAUUUUUUUUUAAAGCAUUUUCUCAAGUGUAGAGUACUCUUCAUACCUUACUCUCCCAACCGACAUAGCAUCAUUGCCUGUUAAUGCAGUGCCACCUCUUACUGGUGGUGUGCUUCAAUUUAAUUUUUUCCCUAGACACAGUGGUGUUCAAGCUCUUGUGAAAAUGUUGAUUUUUAAGACUGACCCCUUAAAUUCUGUACAUUAACAUAGUCAGGUCUGCUGGGGUAAGAUGAUAUAUUUCUUUAAUUUUUAAAUUUCUGCCACAUUGUAAAUUUUCAGUGUGGUCAGUUUUAUUUAGCAACACUGCAGAAAUAUUAUUGCAUGGGUAUGUUUAUGGUUCAGUUUAAAAAGAAAAAACAAUAACAUAAAACCCAACCAAGCAGCUUCUGGAGUCAUACCUCACUGUUACGCACACUGGUAAUUUAACUGUGCCCCAAAAGACUAUUUUAAUGUUUUCUGUUUCUGCAUUGUAUACAGCUGAAAAAGGCUACUAUUUUAAACAAAUUUUACUACCAUAAAUAUCCAUAUAAAUCACAGCAGAUUGCUUAACUUAACAAAGGCUCUGGGUGGGUUGUUGGGUCCAUCAAGAAAAAUAUAUCCACUGCUCUAGUUUAAAAAUAAAUAAAUAAAGCUACUUCUGAGCUUUGUAAUCAAGAAAUAUGAGAGUCAACUUUCUGGGCUCUGACAGCCAGUUUGAAAAAGAUACGGUGGUUACUGCUCACUUCAUUCUAAUUGUUAAAUCUUUUAACAUGCAUUUUAAAACCUAGUCCAGUAAGAAGUGAUUUGCAUAGAAACCUGUUUUUUUUAAUAUUGAACCAACCCCUAAACUUUACUUGAUAGAGACUCUCUAAAAAAAAAAAUUGCUUAUGGUACUAGAAGAGGGUCCUUUUAUCCAUUCAUCUGUCAGUGCCUGCUGGAAUUGGAGGCCUCUACUGUAGUAAUAUACUUGUAGUAUAUGCAUCUGAUUAGUGUGGCCACUGUGUCAGUUGGAAUCUGCCAUGUUUCGUUUUCAUAUGGUUGCACUGGCCCCAGGACCAUGAGUUUAAGUGCUCUGGGGUACAAGGAGACAAGUAUUGAUAUGGGGAGAAAACUAUUGAAUGGGUGGGUGGCAAAGUCAAAUAUUAAAUGAAACAUUUAAGCAGCAUGUGUCCCUUCAGCAAUUUGAACCAAGACCAUAUUCAACAUUUGUCUCAGGAAGAGGUUGUCAAACUUAUCACAAUCUUUCAGCCUACUGAAGAAAGUUUAAUUUUAGACCUGUAUUUGCAAUUCCUUAUGUCUGGAAGGUAUACAAAUUUGUAACUUGGAGUCCAUGCAGGUGCUGUGUUUCAUAGGUCUGUGAUGCCCUUUGCCUGUAUUUAACAAAUGGGAAGAGGUACAGAACCCCUUGUGCUGUAAAUCUUUUUAAAGUGUGUUGUACUUUAUUGAAGAGAGCCCCAGGUUGUCCCAACUGUAGGAAAGAGAAACCAACAGGAGAUUUUAGACUCCUCUCUGCUGGUUUGCAGUCUGUCUUGGAAACUUGAUGAGCUAUAAGUAUUGCAGAUUUGCUUUGCUGCUGUAUUUAAAUGCUGUAUCCUGCAGCGUUAAAAUCAGUUGGAAGUGUUAAAAACUUUAGUCCUCCUGAAAAAUGUGAAAACCCUGAAGCAUGUCAGGUGUAAAGUGAACAACUCUGUUUGGAGUCCCUAUCCCCCUGAUUUUAACUGUCCUUUAUUUUCUUUACUCAUCUUCAAGGACACACUGCUAUAAGUUGGUCUCCCCACAUUGUAAAUUUAAAUUUGGGAAAGUGAAAAAUGGAGUGCCAUUCCAAAGUUCGUCUUUUCUCCUUUCCUCAGUGUAACGAAACAUCAGUAUGUUUGAAAUAGAGGCUUGUACCUGCAAAGCCUGUGGUUAAUUGUACUGUAUGAUCAUCAUCUGUUCUUUAGCCGAAUUUACAUAAAGGAGGGAAAUCUGUGUGUUCUCUUUACUGAUGCUGCAAGGUAUCCUAACUAAAUAAGGGUAGUCAAGCAGCCCCUCUUUUGCGGAAUAACCCUCAGAGGCAUAGGAUAAGAGUGGCAUUUGCACAUCUCCUUUUGUUUUUCUUAUUGUGAAGCAAUUUUUUUAGGGUUCCUUAAGUUUUAAUUUUUGAUAAUACCCAGAGCCUAAGCAUUAUUAAAAAAAAAUCCAGUAGCCUUUGAAUAUGGAAUUAUACCUGGCCUGUUUCAAACAGGAAAGUGGCUGUAAAUCAUUGUUUACAAAAGUAGUUUACUACAAAAUUUGUAACUGUUGAUUUCUGAUCAGUGCUUUCACAAUGUUUUCCUCUUGAUAUGUUCAGUGAUUCUGAUAUGAAAACAUUUAAGACUUGAAAAAACCCAUGCGUCAUGCUAAAAUUCAGUUUUUUUCCACAAAAUGUCUUCAGUAGACAAUGACUUCUGGAUUCAGACCAAUCAAUAAAGGGGAUCAGUUCUCCAUUUCCUUUU